AUGGCAUCCGUGCAGGAUCGACCAAAAGGGGGCGCGAGGAAGGUCGUGGUUGCCACGCUCGUCCAGACGGAGCUGGUCGAGUGGCGAGAGAUCAACCCGAAGCAGUAUAAGCGCAUCCUGAAGCGUCGCGUUGAGCGUGCCACGAACGAGCACAUCCGACCGCACCUGCCUCGCCAGCCGUAUCUGCACGAGUCACGGCACCGGCACGCCGUCAACCGGCAGCGCGGCCAAAAGGGCCGAUUCGCCAACCGCGCGCCCGCCGCGCCAGGCCGAGAGCAGCUCGAGGCGCUCGACUUUCUGAACGAGCAGCCUUACGAAAAGGAGGCGGUGGACGCCUCGUCGGGAGCAUCGCGACCGGAAUCGGCAGAACUCAUGUGA